AAAUGGAUUUUAAUUAAAGUGUAUGACAAAAAAGGUAAUGUGAGAGCUCAUUGUCACCAAAUAAAUCAGAAUCAUGCAGGUGACGUGAUUUAUUUGAGAGGUGGGCAUCAGGUGUUGUUUAUGUGUGUGAGAGAGAGAAGACAGGUGAGCACUGUUAGUGGGUGUGUCUAAGGCUGUUCUUUUACACACGCAAACACACACACACACACACUCUCAGGUCUUAUAUAAACCCUGCUGAACCUGUUACUGCACAUAACCUGUAACACGCACUCCUUCACCUGACACUGUGUAAUUGACUCUGGCGGCUGCAUAUUAGUUGUUAGUGUGUUAAAGUGUAGCUAUACUUUACCUGUGGGAGUAUCUCUCUCUCCGUUAUUCACCUUUGGACCGAAAAAGUUUAUUUGUGUCGGGACGACUUGGACUUUAUCCUGAUUAUUUCCUGUUCAUGCUCGUACGCUGGAUUGACUUCUCUCCUGCAUAAUUUCAAGGAAAAACAAGACUGCUUCAUCUUUUUGAACUACUUUACAUCUCCGAUUCAUUCAGGAGAUACUAUCAUUCCGACCUGACAAAGUCAAAACGCUCCUGGUGGAUUUUGUCGAUUUUCUCUAAACUGGAAUUGGAAGCAUUACCUACAAAGUUUGUAUUUGUUUGCGUGAGUGUUAACAGCUCCAGGGGCGGCUGCAUAUUAGGGCAAGAUGAUGGAGGAUGUGUCCAUGAUGAUGGCAUAUGAUGCCCAUGUUAUGGACCAGAUGAGCGAAGAGGAGAUCCUGGCCUGUCUGGUGGAAGAAAUAGGACCUACAUUUACAGUCCCAACAAACAAAUCUGAACUGAGGGAAAGCCGGCUUCAAAUAAUGGAUGAAGAAGAGUCUUUGAACAAAUACCUGAAUGAGAACCGUCGGCUGCAGCAGGCCAGCCUCCGUCUGGAGCAGGAGAACGACAGCCUUGCCCACAGACUGAUCACCAGCAAGGUGGCCCUGAGGAACACUCUGGACAAGGUGGAGGACAGAGUGGACGAACUCACCAAAGACCUUUUUCAGACCAGACAUCGACUGCAGGCUACAGAAGAGGAGAAGAGAGGGAAAGAGGAGGAAGCUGCAGUGUCGAAGGAAGUGUUUCGGAGAGAGCUGGAGAAGGCCGAGCAGGAAGUCAGAAGAUCGUCGGGUAUCAUUGUGGACUACAAACAGGUCUGCUCUCAGCUGACAAACCGUCUGGAGAGGCAGCAGGCCGCCCACAGAGAAGAGUUAGAGUCACUCAAGAGUGCAGUGAAGGCUUGCUCACGCUGUCGACACGUCGUAGAAUCAGAUGAACCAUCCGCCACGGCUGAGAAAUCUCCAACAGCCGCAGAGAUAGAAGGCCACGGGGAGGGCGAACCAGGCUGGGAAGAGGACAACAAAGGUCAAAAAAAGGCAGAGCAGAAGAGAGACAACCAGGAGAAGGCGUCCCUCAAGGACCAGAUCAGGGAGCUGGAACAGGAGUUGGCCAAGACCAAACUCCAGAUGGUGGAGGCCAAGUGCAAGAUCCAGGAGCUGCAGCACCAGAAGGGAAUCCUGGCCAACGAUCUCCAGAAAGCAAAGAACAGCUGGAUCAGCAAGGCCUUCACCUCCCUGCGGACCUCCAGCGGAGAGGGACUUCACAGUAUUAGCAUACCCAGAGAUGGAUCUCCCACAGUGGGCUGGAACCUCCACAGCGGCUCCCUCUCUGGAUGGAGCGCAAAGAAGCUGUUGCGGCCUAUCGGAGACAAUCGAUAAAAUGUCUGAUAGCUCGGACUGUGACUGGGCAGAUCACUUAAAAGUGUACACAUCGGAAGGAUCAGACCUCAGAGUAUUAAUUGACAAUGUUAUUAUGUAGUCAAUACUGUAGCUGCUAUUUCUUGUUUGGGGCACUAGAGGACAGUCUAGAGUGCAAAACGAUCAGAGGAGAGUACCUGAGAGCCUACAGGUACUCUCUUUUCUGUUCACCACUUUCCAACUAGUGUAUCCUCUGAUAAGGCUAUUUUUAUAUGUGUAAACCAAAUCCAUGCGUCAUGUGAGUGUUUUCUAUUAUAUAUUAUUAUACUAUACUCUUUGUACUUGUGCUGUACAUCUUGUGUCAUUGUUGGUAGUGCAUCUUGUGUCAUUGUUGGUAAACAAUUUGAAUACAAUAGUAAAGCAAGUAUGAGACAA